GUGGUCAGCGGCUGCCAGGACAAAAUCCAGCACUGGAAGAAGGUAGAAAGUGACUAUGACGCCCUCCAGGAGAGACUCGGGUCUUUGCCCGAUAGGCUGUCCUAUGAUAUCAUGGUACCCUUCGGCCCCGCUAGCUUUUAUGCCCGGUCGCCUCGUCCAAACCAACGAAGUCACUGUUUUGCUCGGGGACAACUGGUUUGCCAAAUGUUCAGCCAAACAAGCCAUGGUUUAGUUGACCACAGAAAAAAACGCCCCCACCCUGGAUGUAGGAGCAUUGGGAGCACAACAGACAGGAGCAUUGUCAGUGUUGGGGGGAGGGGAGUGUUAGAUGAACUAGCAGAUUUAAAUACACCAACACAUUGA